AUGAAGAUUCAGGCCAUCUUGUCCAUGGCUGGUCUUCUCAACAUUUGCACUUGUGCUCCUAUCUUCCAGCCACAAUUCGGAAUAAUUGCAAGUAACAGUAAUGAGGUGUUGCGUCUCAAUGGACUCACUCUGGGUACUGCGUUUUUCCCUCCCUUCCUGUUUCAACAGCAGCCACCACAGGUGCUGAACUUCAACCCUGCGAUGCAGGGACCCUUCCUGCCCCCUCAAAUAAACCAGCUGAACCCAGCACAGCUGCCCCCAUUGCUGCAGGAGCAGCCUAUACCUGGCAUCGGUCCCAACUAUGGGAUACCAACACAGAACCUUCCCCCGGGAUUUCCAUUCUUCCUGAAUAAUCUAUAUCCUCAGAGGAACACUCCUGUAAGGCUGAUACCUAACCAGAACACUGGCCCAAGUAUUCAAGGCCAGGACACCAUGCAACCAAUGCAACCAAUGCAGCCAAUGCAACCAAUGCAACCAAUGCAGCCAAUGCAGCCAAUUCAGAACAGGGGAAAGUCCGACCCGAAGGUAACGUCUGCUCCUGAUUACCGUGGUGAUCGGCCCGGUCCGGGAACUGGAGAGGGGCAUCCUGGGUUCCCAUUGUUUGAGCCAUAGGCUCAGAAGAUUUCAUUUUUAAAAAGAUAUCCCAUCAUGGAGACCCCUCAAAGGAGGCAUAUCCUUGUGUUACCAAAUAAAUAAAAGAUGAACA